GAUGUUGGUUAUUUCACAUUCAUUGUACCCACAACUUGCCAACACACGUUCUCUCACUCCCCUUGUGAGUUGAGUUGUGACUGAGACAGACACUUUUUUUCAUCUCGCUUGACUCCCUCCACCGUUUGCCGACACCAUUCCUCUUGUUUUCGUCUUCAGGAGAUAAUGGAAAGAUUUUUUAAGAGCAAAUUGCCUGUGAAAAGGAAACUGCCAUCAACUGAGCAACAAACUAAUUCUCAAGAGCAACAACUAAGCCUUGUCUCACUAUCUCAAGAGCAUCAAAUUGAAGUUAAUUUGGAAGAGUUGCCAUUGGAUCCUGGGAAGCGGAUUAAAAUGUCAGCAUAUCAUCCUAAUGAUCGAGAUAAGAUACGAAAAUUUUAUCUACGAAAAGGACCAUUCCAGCCUACGAAACACGCUUUUCCCCAAAGAAAAAUGGGAAGUUCUUUAAGAAGAUUUUGCCCGUCUUGGUAUAUUGAGUAUGGGAAUUGGUUAGAGUAUAGUAUUGAAAAAGAUGCUGCUUUUUGUUUUUGUUGUUACCUUUUUAGGCCUGAUGUUGGAAAGCAAUCGGGUGGUGAUUCAUUUGUGACGGAAGGAUUCUCAAAUUGGAAAAAGAAAGAAAGACUUGCAUCUCAUGCCGGAGGUCCUAAUAGUGCUCAUAACUUUGCGUGGAAGAAGUGUCAAGAUUUCAUGAAACAAAAUCAGCAUAUUGAAGUUGUAUUAUCUAAGCAACAACCGGAACAAAUUUGUGACUUGUAUCUAAGCCGUUUAACAACUGCAAUUGAUUGCAUUCGCACUAUACUAAAGCAAAACGAUGACUCAAGUGAUUAUGUUGAUCAAGGUAAUUUCCUUGACCUUCUUAAAUUUCUUUUUGAGUGCAAAGAAUCAAGAAGUCUUGUUGUCUUGGAAAAUGCUUCAGAAAAUGAUCAAUUGAUCACUCCAACAAUUCAGAAGGAUAUUCUUAAUGUAGUUGCUUUGGAAACCACUAAUGCUAUUAUUAGUGAUCUUGGAGAUGAAUUAUUUGGUAUUCAUGUUGAUGAAGCUCAUGACAUAUCAAAUAAGUGGAAAAUGGUUGUUGCUUUGCGUUAUGUUAACAAAAAGGGAAGUAUUGUUGAACGUUUACUUGGUAUUGUUCACGUUAAAGAUAUUACAGCUUUAUCGUUUAAAAUGCAAAUUGAUGAAUUGUUUUGCAAACACGGGCUUCGUAUAUCAAGAAUUCGGGGACAAGGUUAUGAUGGUGCUAGCAAAGUGCCAGAGGUAUUUUCUGGUCUCAAAAGUUUGAUCUUGGAGGAGAACCCUUAUGCAUUUUAUGUGCAUUGUUUUGCUCAUCAAUUACAACUUACCUUAAUUGCUAUUGCCAAAAAUCACAUUCAAGUUGCCUCUCUUUUUAAUUCGUUGUCCACUUUAUUAAAUGUUGUUGGGGCACCAUGCAAGCAACAUGACGUGCUUCGUGAAAGACAAAUAGUCAAUGUUAGAGAGGCAUUGAGAAAAGGAAAAAUUCCUAGUGGACAAGGUUUAGAUCAAGAAAUUAGUCUUAAACAAGCUACGGAUACUUGCUGGAGUUCACAUUAUGUAAGUCUGAUCAAUUUGAUAUUAAUGCAUUCUGAUAUAAUUGAUGUUCUUGAAAUUGUGAAAGAAGAUGCAUUAAAUUCAGAUCAAAGAGCUGAAGCCAAUGGUCUUUUACUUUUGUUUGAGGAGUUUGAUUUUGCAUUCACAUUGCAUAUGAUGAAAAAUGUCUUGGGUAUAUCAUAUGAAUUGUCGCAAACAAUUGAAAGAAAAGACCAAGACAUCAUUAAAGUUAUGAAUUUGGUUGAUAUAGUGAAGCAACUGUUACAAACUAUGAGGGAUAAUGGAUGGGAGUCUUUAUUGCAAGAAGUAAUUUUAUUUUGUAAUACGCAUGCCAUUAAUAUUCCUCGCAUGGAAAAUAUAUUGUGUCCUAAGGGGAAGUCACGACACGGGGACAAAGCUCAAGCUAUUACAAUAGAGCAUCAUUAUCGUGUUGAAUUAUUUUAUACUAUUGUGGACAUGCAACUUCAGGAACUUAAUGAUCGUUUCACUGUGACAAAUACUCGGUUGCUUCUUUGUAUGGCUUGUUUGAGUCCAACUAAUAAGUUCUCUACUUUUGAUAAGACAAGGGUGAUGGAAUUUGCAAAUUUUUAUCCUCAUGAAUUUUCUCCUAUUGAGUUACUAAUGCUUGAUGAUCAACUUGAGAAUUACAUCACUGAUGUGCGUAGUGAUGAUGAAUUUGCAUCUUUAAAAGGAAUCAGUGAUCUUUCUGAAAAGUUGGUCAAGACUAGAAAACAUAUUGUUUAUCCAUUAGUUUAUCUUCUUUUGAAGUUAGCUAUGAUUUUGCCUGUCGCCACAUCAACCACCGAAAGAGCCUUUUCUGCUAUGAAGUUUGUGAAGAGUACAUUGUGUAAUCGAAUAGCAGAUGAAUGGAUGAAUGAUUGUCUAGUGGCUUAUAUUGAGAAAGAUGUGUUCAACAACAUUGAUAAUGAGGUGAUCAUUCAACAAUUUCAAAACAUGAAAUCGUGUAAUGAACAAUUAUAAGUUAAUAUUAUUUUAGGCUGAUAGCUUCUACUAGGCCACAUUCAUCAUAUCAUAGAAGAAAAGUGAAAGAAGAUAUAAGCUCUCUCAUUGGUCUGAUCAUUUUGAAGAACACCGCAAGUUAUGAAGGAGCAGGCACAAGUAUUGAAUAGCUAGCUCAUUGCAACUUUCAGGAGCAUCACACUAUGUCUUCCAUAAAAGGAUACCAAAAUAUUGGAACAUUGUUUUUGUCGGUAUUGUUACUGUGGUCAUUCAUCUGAUCAUUUGAUGUUAUUUGCGAUGCUGAAUAGGAAGCAACAAUCUAAGAGUCUUGAAUCCGUCUCAGCUAUAUGAUUUUGUAAAUUAACUUUCAGGUAACAGUUGGAAUUCCUUUAUUUUAUCUGUUUUUCCCUUUAGUUAGGCGUUGUUCAGGAGUUAUAGAAAAAAUAUCUUAUUUUCGUUCUUAUGAGGCUUGUUCAAUCUUUUUGAAUGAAAUUACUGGUGGUGUUUUUUUA